AUGUCUUCAACAGCAUUCGCCGCAUUCUGGCGGACCGACCUUGCCCGCGAGUGCUUCUUGUCUCAUUUGCAAAAGGAUGAUUUGCUGUCCCUACGACUCGUCAACAAAGCCUUCGCCGACGACAUUGCUCCCACGCUCUUCAAGAAUCUGGACAUCCAUUUCAAUACAAACACAUUCUCGCGCAGGUCGCGCAUGUUUGCAUUGAAUAGGAUUGGUCACCAUGUGCGAGGCCUUUCUUUCAUCAUGCCACACCAUUCCGACACCUUCCUGCCUCCACUGCUCAUGCCAGGAACUCUGGAGGAAGUCACCUUCAUCUACGAACCCCGGAUCAACAAUUCAAGACCGCACUCCUCUUCUAGUUCGUCCUCCUCCGCGUCCUCCUCAGCUUCCAAAUAUGGCUCCUGGGAGACGAAUGACCUUCUGGUCAAGCAAUAUCCUCCUUUAUUUCAUGCAGCCACCAAUGUGGACUCAUUCUUUCAUGCACUUAGCUCAAUGCCGAGCUUACAGCAUCUUCAAAUCUCUUGCCCUGGUCAACCCGUAAGCCAGAGAUACCGAAAAGAUAUUGUCGACUAUGCUCUGAUUUCGCUAAGGCUGGCGGUGGAAGCUGCCAAACCAAGUCAGCUAGAAUCGUUGACGCUGGCGCCAAUACAUCCUGCAGCAGUAUUCCACAUGCGUCCUCACCUGAGCAUCGGGUCAUCCCCAGCCUCCUCUCGGGUCUGGAAGCGCAUCAAGUCUCUGAACAUUGAAAUGGACGGCUUCGAGUAUGGUCGUGACCACCCGUCAGACCAUCUGAAGAUUCUCCAUAGCUACCUGCAGACGUUCCAGGCUCUGGAGCACUUGAAGUUCCAGUGGCUCGGUAUCAAGGGGCCCUGUCCCCUCGCUCUUCACACAGAGCCUUGCACAUCACGCCCAACAUCUCUAGACUGUUCAAAGGCGUGCCCAAAUGCUAGUACGAGAUCAUCAUGCAGACCUCUCAGGUUUCGGCACUUGAAGUCUAUGCGUCUUAGCAACGCGAGCCUGGAUGCUGUUCAAGCUUCUGGCUUUAUCAUGUCUCAUCGAAAAGUCCUGCACGAAUUCCAGUUCGACCGAUGCCAUUUGAGAUCUGGGACCUGGGAUGAUGCCUUGGCUCCAUUGACUCGCAUCGUCGGAAACGACAGCUGGAAGCAGAAACAAGAGGAAGUAAUGGAUGUGCCAAUCAUGCUGAGUCCGCUCGAUGAGAAGACCGAAAUGGAUUGUGUCCAAGAUCACCUAUGGGAUGAUGUCUUCCGCAAGAGCAAGGGUCUUCAAACUCUCCGAAAAGUUAGCCUCAAGACCAAAGUGCUGCUUCCGGAACAAGUAAGGCGACUAUUGAGAAAUGCCAGGGUUGCGUGGCAUUAA